CGCAGCCCCCGGCCCAGGAGGGAGGCGGCGGGAGCAAGAUGGCGGCGCGAGUGCUGCUGCGGGGGAGCCUGGCGGGAGCGCCCGCCGUGCCGCGCCUGCAGCCCGGCGCCGGGCUGACCCUCAGGGCUCUGGGCUCCUCGGCCCGCAGUGCCCGUGAGGAGAGCUGGCUGAAAUCCCUCUUUGUGCGCAAGGUGGACCCCAGGAAAGACGCCCACUCCAACCUCCUGGCCAAAAGGGAGACCAGCAGCCUGUACAAACUGCAGUUUCACAAUGUCAAACCUGAAUGUCUAGAGGCCUACAACAAGCUCUGUCAAGAGGUGCUGCCAAAGAUUCAUGAAGAAAAACACUACCCUUGUGCUCUGGUGGGGACUUGGAACACGUGGUACGGAGAGCAGGAUCAGGCUGUUCAUUUGUGGAGAUAUGAGGGAGGUUACCCAGCUCUCAAUGAGGUCAUGAGCAAACUUCGUCAAAAUAAGGAAUUCACAGAAUUCCGGAAGGAGAGGGGUAACAUGCUCCUGUCCCGCAAGAACCAGCUCCUGCUGGAGUUCAGCUUCUGGAAUGAACCAGUUCCCAGAGAUGGCCCCAAUAUUUAUGAACUGAGGUCCUACCAACUCAGACCUGGAACAAUGAUUGAAUGGGGCAAUUACUGGGCCCGUGCCAUUCGGUUCAGACAGGACAGCAAUGAAGCAGUUGGGGGAUUUUUCUCCCAGAUUGGGCAGCUCUACAUGGUCCAUCACCUCUGGGCUUACAAAGACCUGCAAACCAGGGAAGAUAUAAGGAAUGCAGCGUGGCAUAAACCUGGCUGGGAUGAGCUGGUUUAUUACACAGUGCCCCUUAUUCAGGAGAUGGAGUCCAGAAUCAUGAUACCCUUGAAGAUUUCUCCACUUCAGUAAAGUCACUGAUUUUCUUGUGCCUACAUAGAUGAAGUGACAAGUAUUUGUCUUAAUUUAUGGUAUACACUGUAUAUCAUAGUCUGAAAUAUAAAAGUACUGUAUUGAGCUUAUAAAAGAGACCUCUUUUCUUCAGAACCCACCACCUUCUGCUCUUAGGGGGAAAAAUAAAACACAACAAGAAGACUGUGAUUAAAAGGUUGGUGAAUUGGAAAGAAGUGCAGAUGUGUGGUUCAGGUCCCCAGGGAAUGUGUGACCUGCAGGAAUUGGCAUCUCCUGCCCCACAGGCAGUGCCCAGAGCUCAGGAGCAUUUAAUGCACACAGCAAACGUGGCAGAGAAAUGAGAGAAAGCUCUGGAGAAAUGAGAAUUUCAUUUCGAGUUGUGAAAGCAGCAGCUCUGGGGGUGCUGUGAAAUCACCCCUGGCUGGUGGAGCAGGGCUGAAAGGAGCAAAUCUGCAUUUCCAGGCAUUGAUUUGGGACAAUGCUCUGUGGCAGGGCAGGGGUUGGGACAGCAGGGUCUGUGAGCACACAUCCCUGUGCAGCCCCCUGGAAUGGAUCCCAGGCAGGGUGAGCCCCAUUCCCCCACAGACACUGCCUGAACACCCUGCAGGGAAUCCCAAAGCAUUUCCCUCCCCAAAAACAGCUCCAAACUCUGGGAAAAAGGGGUUGAAUUUAAUAAGCAGAGCUGGUUCAGCCCCACAGCGGGGCUGGGUUGGUGUGUGAAGCUGGGCUUGGCAUUUCUGUGUCCCAUGGUGUCCAGUUCUGUUUUGGUUUCACUUUUAGGCUAGAAUGUAUCCACACUUUUUGGUGUCUGCAACGAUGUGAGCAUCCUGUAAGUGACAAUAAUAUUCUCUCUCUCUCUCUCAAGUGGCUCCAAGAAUCAGUGUAACAUACUGAAUGUACAAAUCAGUUCUGAAUGUCCAGUUUGUACAUUUCAAGAAGUUUUCAGGAAGAACAUAUCAGUCAAUAAAAACCUUUUAAUUUUCA